UUAUUUCGUACUGUUUUUGUACAUAUUUUGAUUAUUGUUUCUUGUCUGUUUGUUUUUAAAUGUUGAAAUUUAUAAAUAAAAGUUUAAAAACAAAAUGUUGAACUGGGUAGGAAAUAUAAGAUUUUAUUCAUCCUGUUCCUUUCUCAAGCAUAGGUGUACAAAUAAGUGUUUAGUUGCUAAAGUUCAAUUGUCUACAGACCAAAAAUGCACAUCAACGAGGGAGAUAAAUAAAAACAUGAAAAAAAAAAAAUAAUAAUUUGAUAUCGGUUUGCUAAAAUUGGCAGUAUCGUCCAACCCGGGAUUUUGUGAAGUCACUUCCAUUCCGGGGGGUUGGGCUCAAGCACUUCUUGAUUUAAUUGUCUUGUCUUAAUUAAUUGCUGUUCAAUUAAUCAUUUUUUAAUAAAAUCAAAUAAUAUAAACAUACUUUAAAGUGUUAAUUCUUUUUUUGCAAGCCAUACCAGAUCAUUCAGGUGGUCAUGUGAUUAAGCCGCUCACUUUAAUCCGUCUUUUUGUCAACCAAUCACUUUUUAGGAUGAUGCCACUGCCUCCCUUCCAGCCCAGAUCGGUGUGUGUCCUGAGGGGGUGAAGGCUGGUUGCCACGGCGACGGCAGCGGUAGGACGAAGCUCAGAUGAAGCAAGGCCGCGUCCCGCUGAGAGCUGACCAUGACCUGCUGACCCUGGACCCACGAGCAGCGUCCGGUCCCAAGCUCUGUCCAGUCCUCCAGCGGAGGUCAGGGGGCGUGGCCGCGGCGUCAGGUGAGCCGCCCGCGUUGGCAAGUUCGAGUCCGACAAGUCGGCGUCUACGUUUUGAGGACGAGACCGAGGCCGAGGUGGACUCCCGUUACCUGGACCGGCAGAGACGCUGGACGAGCCAUCGAGUCGCACGCGUCCUGGUCUGCAAACCCAAACUCAGCCUCUACGUCAGCGGCGUGAGACCAGAGGCGGGACACCGGGCAGAUGGAGCCACGGGUGCGAGGGCGGUUUUAUCGGCGGUCGAGCCGAGUCCCGUGGUCACUAAGAAGCAGGUCCAGAGCCAGUAUAGACUGGACCUGUGGACUGAACCGAUCAAAGAAACUCACAUUGGCCCGGUCACGCCCCCUGACACCUGCAGGAGAGAAAUUGCGAGUGGAAACCGAGUUCUUUUUAAGCCCCCGCCCAUCAAAGGACUGCCCGUAAAUCCCUAUUCCCCCUCGGAACAAAGUCGGACCCAGGACCACGAGGAGCGAAGGGAGAAGAAUCCUUGUUUCGAUCCAAAACGCCACAAGUCAUCUCAACUAGCAGGGAACAAACAAAGCCCGCCUCCUUCGGGGAAUAACAACAUCAGACAGCCAAUAGGAGAAGACCUUCAUUUUCCUCAGCCGUCCGCAAGGAGCUGGAGGGGGCGUGGCCUCCAGCUCCGUCUGAUUUUCGAGAGAUUUUCGGGAGAGGCGCUGAAUUUUGUGAGUCUCCCGCAAAAUCCGGGAGGGUUGGCAAGUAUGCCCCCCCAACAAUUUGGACACCUCUGCUGUGUUUCAAUUAACGAAUGACCUCUGACCCCAGGCUUGUACAUUGUGUUUCCUGCAGAUUCAGCUGCAGACGUCAAGCGUCUCGUCUCUCCCUGCGUCGCAUCGUCUCCAGCAUAGUUUCACGCGGGACCCGAACCGGCAGCCUGGACCGCGUCACCGCGCAGUCCCCGCCCCGCUCCU